AUGAGUGGAAAAUACAAGGGAGUCCAAGCAAUAGUUAGAGCAGAAUAUCCUAAAGCCAUUUAUGUUCAUUGCGCUGCUCACACUUUAAAUUUAGCAGUUUCAAAUGCAUCAAAUAUUCAACCAAUUAGAAAUUGCCUUGGUAUUAUUGAGAAACUUUACGACUUUUUCAAUACUCCAAAACGCAACAAUAUGCUUUUAAAUUGUAUUGAAAAUGUAAAUGAAACACCAAAUGCAAAAUCAUUAAAGAGACUAUGUGCUACACGUUGGAUUCAAAGAUAUGAUGCAGUUAGUGAUUUUGUGGAGCUAUUUCCAUAUGUUAUCGAUGCUUUAUAUAAUAUUUCAAAUUGGCAUGACUCUUCAGCAACAGAUGCCUCAUUACUAUCUAAAUCAAUUGACUCGGAAUUUAUUAUAUCACUUCAAGUUGUAAAAUUGUUGUUUUCUUAUGGCUUACCUUUGUGUAAGCAAUUACAAAAAAUAAAAAUUGAUUUGAAAGAAGCUGUCGAACUUUCUAAUGAUACUGUUAAACAUUUAGAAUCAAUUAGAGCUAAUGCAGAAAAAGAGUUCCACAAACUAUUUGUACAGGCAGAAACUAUGGCUUUGGUAAUUGAUCUUGUGUUGGAUGUAAAAAGAAUCACCAAAAGACAAAAAAAUAGAGGAAACCCAUGUACAGAUAAUGCAAGAAAUUUAGAUAUUGAAGAAUACUAUCGAAUUACAAUUUUUAUUCCUUACCUAGAACUUUUUAUAAACGAGUUGACCGAACGAUUCUUAUCUCAUAAAUCUAUUUUUAAUGGAUUUGAAUGCUUAUUUUCUAAACAUGAGCUUACUACUAAAGAAGAAAAUGAAUUUACUGAAUUAAUUAAAUUUUAUUCUCCUAUGAUACAACGAUGUGAAAAAAUACCAAAUACCGGACUUGAAGCACUGGAUAUUUGUAACAAAGACAUAUAUCCCAAUAUUUAUGUUCUCCUAAAAGUGCUAUGCACUUUACCGGUAACAACAUCUUCACCUGAACGUAUGUUUUCUACUCUGAAAAGAGUGAAAACAUAUUUAAGAAACACAAUGUCUGAGAAUCUAUUAAAUGGCCUCGCUAUGUUGGCCAUUCAUAAAAAUAUAACAAUUGACCCGGAAGAAGUGAUUAACGAAUUAGCAUUAAAGCCACGUAGAGUGGAUCUCUUAUUGUGA